GAGGAGAGAACUACAAGUCCCAGCAUUCCCCAGGCUGUUAUGUAAUAGAGGACAUUACAGGGAGGAGGUAUAAGAAGAGAGAACUACAAGUCCCAGCAUUCCCCAGACUGUUAUUAUGUAAUAGAGGACAUUACAGGGAGGAGGUAUAAGAAGAGAGAACUACAAGUCCCAGCAUUCCCCAGGCUCCAGCUCUCUUAGCCGCUGACAACCUAUAGCACCGGAUCCCUCCAUCAGAUUCUGGAUUCGCAUCUUUUCAUCCAAAAUGGUUCUUCUCCAGAAUGACCCCCCGAAGAUGGACGCGGACAGGAAGGAGAUCACCAAAACAAUAUUAAACUUCACCCUGGAGAUCAUCUACCUGCUGACCGGAGAGGAUUACACAGUAGUGAAGAAGACAUCAGGGAGGGACAGUGUGGCCCCCGGCAGCCAUGAGUCAGGAGAAUGGAGCAGGAGCCAGAGCCCCAUCACAGACCUUCCCAUCCACUCACUGAUACCUGAGAGCAAAAACGAGAAGAAGAUCCUGGAACUGAUCCAUAAGAUUACAGAGCUGCUUACAGGAGAGGUUCCUAUAAGAAGUCAGGACGUCACAGUCUAUUUCUCCAUGGAGGAGUGGGAGUACAUAGAAGGACACAAGGAUCUAUACAAGGCCAUCAUGAUGGAGGAUCACAAGCCCCUGAUGUUAAAAGAUGAGUCCAGUACAAAGAAGGAACCAGAGAAAUGUCCUGUUCCUGUACAUCCUCAGGAGCGCCCGGAGGAAAAGCCUAUUGUCCCAAAUAAGCGCCAGGCAGAAAAUCUGAUUGAUAUUAAGGCUGAAGUUCUAGAUGAUGAUGAUGAUGAUGAUGAAGAGGAGGAGGAGGAGGAGGAGGAGAUGGAUUUCAAGAGCGAUCACUGGGAUGGACUCAUCGAUAGAAAUCCACGACAGAGACGCCGCACUCGUCUGUAUUCCCAGGAAUACCCAGAGAAAAAGCACCGUGUCCUAAAGGAUGACCAGGAUGAAUAUUUGAUUAAUAUUAAAGUGGAGGCUGACGAGGAUGAAGAAGAAGAAGAAGAGAGGACGAGGAGCGAUGACCUCUGUAUGAGGGAAAUGGAGGACGACAGUCUAGUAGAUGUUAUCACAGGGGUGUACACAGGAAAUUCAACCAUUUUGAAGACCCUGACACACAAGGGAGCAUUUAAUAUUCCUGGCAGUGGGGACUACCGGAGGAUGGGAAUUGAUGUUGGCGCGCUGAUCUCCGAGGUGCAGGCUCGUCCCUAUCUUUGGGAUAGUAGCGUGUCUGGCUAUAGUGACCGCCGCUUGAGAGAACAGUCAUGGUUGGAGAUUACCCAGGCACUGUACCCAGAUUGGGGAAGGUAUUCACAGUCUAAGCAGUGGAAUAUCCUCAAAGACAUCAAGACAAGGUGGAAGUCUGUUCGUGACCGUUUCUUGAAGGAGGAACGGAACGCUGAGAGGAGUGGGUCAACCAAUCCCCGCCGCAGGAAAUGCCCGUUUCACGAUGAACUGAUGUUCCUCUUACCCAUCAGAAGACCCCGCAAAUCACGCGGUAAUUACCGAGAAAAUCAAAGUCGUGCAGAGUCUGCUGAUGAGGAUGAUGGGCAGCAGCCCACUCCUUCUACAUCUACACCAGCACCUCAAGAAACUGAGGGGGAUAUUGAAGAACUGGUGGGACCUUUGUGGGUGAGCCAGCCAUCAUCACCCAUUGAAGAAAUGGCAGCAACCACUGCUACAAAACCAAGGCCAGCUGCUGCUACUAGCCCGGUGGUGCAAACCCAACACGCACGUACUGCCCCCGUUACCCGCGCUGCUUCCAUGCUCAGGCAAAGUCGAAGGACCCUCCGAAAUAUGGACAGGCACCUGGAAGUUGAGAGUCAAGCCCUGUCACCUAUCCGGAGGGUUGACAGUGAAGAUGAGUAUGAUAUCUUUGGGUACAGGAUAGCAUCUCGCUGUCGCCAGAUGCGCCCAGAUGUCCGGGAUACUUUCAUUGCAUAUGUCGGAGUCGCAGCAACAGUCUUCGAGUCUGCCUACCCCCUUCCCAAACUUGGGGAUUUGAUCAAUCACCUCCGGUCAAUUACCGGUCUCAGUGAUAUACCGCCCCCUCACAUCCCUAGGGCCAGAGUCCAGUCUUCCUCCUCCAAGACCAACCCCAUUUAUUUCUAAAAAAAUAUAUAUAUUAGAUUUGUAAAUUUGAAAGA